AUGAGCUUUUCCUUCAAUCGUAAUACCAACUCAUCUUCUCUGUUUGGUGGUGGGGCUCCAACUACUGGGCUAUUCGGGUCUGCAGCACCUCCCACGACUACUGCAGCUCCCAAGCUUGGUGGGACAACUUUUGGUGCAACAACUUCCACUGCAUCUUUUGGUCUUUUUGGUUCAACAGCAACAACGACUGCUCCAAAAGUUUUCGGAGGCAGUUUUGGAUCAAACACGACAGCGGCUCCCUCUUUUGGCUCGACCACGUCUACCGCUAAUGUCUUUGGGUCUACAACUUCUACCCCGAAUGUCUUCGGCGCUGCAGCAUCUACAGCUAAUGUUUUUGGUUCUACCACAUCCACAGCUAAUGUCUUUGGCAAUACCACCUCCACUGCCCCAUCUCUAGGAUUAUUCGGAUCCAACGCAUCCAAUGCCAGUACAGCAUCUACAGGAUUAUUUGGCUCAGCAACAAACACAACUUCCGCAGCUGCACCUUCAAGUGGGGGUCUUUUCGGUUCCACCACUGCUGCUACGGGCGCUCCAGCAGCAGCACCAGCAACCGGGCUUUUUGGAGGUUCCCUCGCUCCUACCUCAGCUCCUUCGGUUGGGCUAUUCGGAUCUACUCCGGCCGCUGCUCCUGCUCCAGCUAGUAACUCUUCUUCUCUUUUUGGAGCUCCAGCUACUGCCGCUCCUGCUGCAGCCCCUGCAGUUGGACUCUUCGGUGCAACACAACCCUCUGCUCCAGUCUCCGCUAGUUCUACUACCAAAUCUUCUCUUUUUGGUGCACCUGCUGCAGCUCCUACAUUAGGGCUUUUUGGAGGAACAUCAUCUCUUGCUUCUGCUCCUGCUGCAACCACUCCUUCUCUUUUCGGUGGUUCGACUGCUGCUCCUGCGGCAGCUCCCGCUGGUGGACUUUUUGGAUCUACUUCUGCAGCUGCACCAACUCCAGCUAGUAAUACAUCUUCUCUUUUUGGAGCUCCCGCUGCUACCACGGCCGCUCCUGCAGCAGCCCCAGCUGUUGGACUUUUUGGAGCAACCCCAGCUCCCACUGCAGCUUCAACUGCAGCACCCACUUUCCCUACUACUAAUGCUACUCUUUUCGGUGCUCCCGCAACAACAACCACUGCCCCAGCAACAGGUUUAUUUGGGGCUGCUGCGCCUACUACUUCAUCAGCUUUGCCUGCAGGUGGACUAUUUGGUGCACCCGCGACUACUACGUCGGCCGGUCCUACCAUAGCAACUGGGUCUCUAUUUGGAGCAGCUCCUACUUCAACUGCUGCUCCAACUUUAGCUUCAUCUGGAACAACAACUGCUACUGUUGCUCCUCUGUUCGGUGCUCCCGCCCCAGCUGUGACAACGACCGCGCCUGGAUCACUUUUUGGUGCUACAACUUCUGCUUCAGCAACACCAGCAGCUAGUGCUACUACCACUGCUACCACAGCACCACUGUUCGGAUCAACAGCUACAUCUACUGCUGGUACUAUAGGAACUCUUUUUGGUGCCGCAACUUCAACUGCAAGCACAUCAAAACCAAGCUUGUUCGGGUCAACUACUACGACUAGUACAACGAGUGCACCAUCCCUGUUUGGAAGCACUACUACAACCACGACCACAGGAGGUUUAUUCGGAGAUAAAACUACAGAUGCUUCCAAAUCGUCUGUAGGCUUAGGAGGAACUUCACAGACUACAGGAACAACUUCGAGUGCUGGAACUACCACUCUUGGUGCUAAUGUAACUGAGAAAGAGAACGUGAAAGAUGGAGAAGUGCCUGCUGAAAUCACACAUUUAGUUACUUCCGUCAGGAAUAGAAUCAAAGAGAAUCGUACUCUUUCGGAAAACUUCACUGCGGGAUCCAGCGAUUCUGCUCUGAAAAUCAGAGACAAGAUUAAAGAUGUCAAACAAGAAAUUGAACAAGCAGUAAGCCGUUCUGCCGCUCGAGAUGAAUCGUGUGCUCAACUCUUCAAUAGAACAUCUAGGGAUUUACAAUUAGGAAAAGAAGCCGCCACAAUUCAAGAACAACUUUCAAGGAACCCAAAUCAUGUUGCUCAGCAACAUACCGUCCAACAUAUGGUGUCUCUCAUUAGAGAGUAUGAUGAACAAGUUUGCCACUAUCAAGAGUCUUUGGAACAAUUGACCGUUAAAAUACGCGACAUCUUAGAAGGAAAAAAUCAGUUAUCUACCAGUGAUCUCAAAGAAUAUUUGACUCGAUUUGACGUGAUCUUCAGUAAUGUAGCUCAGAAACUAUUCGAAGGAAAUAGCAAAGUUGAGGAACUUCGUACCCAAUUCGCUGCCGAUUCAACCAUAUUCUCCGCCAGUGCUGCUUCUGCCGAAGAUGGCUCAGUUUGGGCACAAUUACGGGGAGCUUCUUCGUUCCCAUCUCAAGCUACUCUUUUAUCUCUGGGCGCUCUAUUGAAACCUGCUCAAGCAGCUCCAGCACAAACUACUGGAGGUCUCUUCGGUUCUUCAUUCGCAGCCCAGCCAACAAAGUCUUUAUUCGGAAGUACUACUUCUACUGCUAGUCUGUUCCCCUCUUUGUCAACCACGACUACAACAGCCGCAGCCACUUCCCUCUUUUCAUCAAUAUCGACAUCGAAGCCCGCUACCACCUUUGGAUCAACCCUAAGUACCAAUACUACAGGACUUCUUUUUACAUCUAAAAAAUAA